AGGGAGGACAGGCAGGGAACCAGCAUUAUAGAGAGGGAGAGCACGAACAAGACAACAGGAGAUACGCUUGGGAACAGCAGCCCACUAAAUAGAGACAGAGCAGUGUUUGCAAAACGACAUAACCUGUGUGUCUGUCUUUCUGUGUGUGUGUGUGUGAGUGUGUGAGCUGAGUUUGUUUCCACGGUUCUCCUGAGGCCGUGGCAGCCAUGGCAUCAGAGCCUAACACCCAGUCCAGGGUGAUGUUCCAGGCGGCGGACAAAACCGAGGAGCCGGCGCACCGCAAGCUGGGCAAGUUGACAGUUAAAUACAACCGUAAGGACCUGCAGAGGAGGCUGGAUAUCGAGGAGUGGAUCGAUGGUCAGCUGCACCUGCUGUUUGACUGCGAGGAGGAGGAGAUUCCAGAGUUAGAGAUUGACAUAGAUGAGCUCCUGGAGCUGACAGACGAAGGGCAGAGAACCCGUCUGCAGGAGCUGUUGCAGGAAUGUGGAAAGCCAAAAGAGGACUUUAUCAACGGGCUGCUCUACAGGAUAAAGGGUCUACGCAAAAUGUCAGGUCCCUUGAAGAAAUAAUUAUAGGUCAACUAAAGAAUUGAGACAAUGUGGAGCCUCCGAUCUUCCCCUCUCCCACAUGUCAACUGCAACAUGUCAGUGGGACUCUCUUCCUGCCCUUCGCCCCCCCUCCUGGGUCAGCAUCAAUCUUAACACCAGAGGAGUUUUGAAUGGAUUUUUUUUAUUCUUUCACUUAAAUUCAUGGGCUGCUAUAACAUUUUUUCUCCCAUAAACAAACCAAUUAUGCACAUGUGAUCAAAGAUGUACUGACUUUUUUUUUUUUUGCGUAAGACUGUACAUUUUUCGUUUGCAUAUUUAUGUACAUAAAUAUUUUUUGUUCUAAUAACAGUGUUGUAUGUGGAAAUAAAAUUGAACAUUUUCAAGACAAGGCUGUUGAUAUUGACAUGUCCAUUACACCCAUCAAUUUAAAGUACAACUAAAACUAUGCACAGUUGCUCUUUAUUACUGCUCUAAAAACACUCAUUUGCCUUUAAGUUCACAGAAUACAAGCUUCUGUUUUCUGGCACAAAUCUUUCAACAGACCGAUGGAAACAAAAGAGACGUUGACAUGUCAAGUCUAGGAGUAAACACAGUGGAAUCAGCAGCAGGGAAUUGCCAUUAAGUAUGCAUCCAUUAUCUUCAUCCAUUUCCUGUCUGUGGUGCGUGUAUGACAUGGCCAGAUGAGGCCAACACAGUAACGGCCUCCAUGCAAACCUUAAUGGAACAGGCCCCCCAGAGGAAAAGUGUAAUUAUGGUUUCUCUAGCUUGACAGUAAUGCACACAGAUGAAACUACACUCUGGCCUUCUCUCUGUCCUACACACAGGGUCUCUCUCCAUUUUAGUAAUUCGCUCAGCUCCCCCACCCCCAAACUUCCACUCUCUGACACAGAGGCCAUCCAUACUGUAAGCAUACACUUCCGACAAAGGCCUGGCAGCGGGACGUUUUGUGUCAAGUGAUGAUAUCAGUGAUUGCUUCAGUGUUAUAAAAUAAAACUGAAAAGAUGUGACAUGCUGUAGCACCUCACUCUCCUGCAUUCUUUAUAACGGAAUUACACACAAGGACAAGGAAGGCAAGGCUCAUGUCACACUUGCAGCCAAACAUAGAUUACAAGAGUGACUGCAGUGCCUGCCAAAAUAAAACAAAGCCCUCAGUAAUCCCUUUAUACUGACUCCUCCGUGUACAGCAUCCCG